UACUAUCGCCACUUGUUGCUAAACAAGAGCUGGAAAAGAAAGCAACAAUUUAUCUCAGUGUUCAAAACAUUUUAUUUAAUCCAAGUGACAUUUUUAUUAGAACCAAGGGAAUUCUCUAACAUUUAGUGCGGUGAAUCAUAGGAAAAAAUGAGGCUAGUACAAUUUGUUUACAACAAUAAACCAGAGGAAAUACGUGUCGGUUUUCUGGCUGGCGAAGAUGUAGUUGACAUUAACAAAAUUGAUCCGACCAUUCCUAACACUCUUAUCGAGAUUUUGAAAAGUCAAGCCAUUGAUAAGGUGAAGAAACUGCAUGCAUCUGAACAGGAAACUGUUCCGAUAGCAAAUGUGACUCUCAAGGCUCCUAUUCAUGGAAUAGAUAAAGUCUUAUGCGUCGGACUGAACUACCAGGACCAUUGCGAAGAACAAAACUUGACACCACCAGAACUUCCAUUUAUCUUCAACAAAUUCCCGAGCACUAUCGUUGGACCCAAUUCAUCUAUCCGUUUGAAACCAGACAUCUCGGAGAAGGUCGUUUGUGAAGUGGAAUUGACAAUUGUUAUCGGAAAAACAGCUUCUAAAGUGAAGGCAGAAGAUGCUUAUAAUUACGUUUUAGGAUACACUAUUGCUCAAGACAUUGGAGCUUCUGACUGGGAGAAGAAUAAGAGUAUGGGACAAUUGGUCCUUGGGAAAGCUAUGGAUACAUUCUGUCCAAUUGGUCCCUGCAUCACUACCAGUGAUGAGAUUGGAGACCCCCAAGCUUUAGGCAUACGCUGCAUUGUCAACGGCGUUCAGAAACAGAAGAGCAACACAAACCAAUUCAUUCACAAGAUACCUGAUAUUAUUGCAAGAUUGUCCAACGUCUUCACUUUGUUACCUGGUGAUAUCAUCCUCACGGGUACCCCAGGAGGGGUAGGAGUGUACAGGAACCCUCCAGAAUUCCUCCGACCUGGUGACGUAAUCGUCAGUGAGAUUGAGAAGAUCGGUGUCAUGAUCAACAGAGUGGAACAAUUCUAGAGAGACAUUAACACAAAUCCAUUUGUUAUAUUGUUGAUAAAUAUUUCAUGUAUUCAUUUAUGUUUCCUUGAACUACUCCAUUAUACGCUUGCUUAUUGAAA